AUGGCUUCAUGUAGAAAUAAAUCGACUGAACGUACAUCAAAAACAAAAAUACCAUUUUUUCCAACAUAUGAAUCCGAAGUACGUGGUCAUGUGACAGUCGCUUGGUUCCCAAAACAAUUCUCACAAUCGUAUUACAAUGCGCAACAGCAGGAAUGCACGAGCAACGCAUGCACUUUGAUUGCUGUUUUAAUUGCAUCAAAUUGGUUUUAUAAUCAUAUUAAAUUAUGUGGACCAUUUCUACCAAUAAGCCGUGAAAUAGUUUUAGGAAUAGCACAUGGUAUCUUGGAAGGCAAUAAAAUUCAUGAAACUUUAUUACGAAGAGGUGUAUUUAAACAUGUCAAUUUAACGGUACCAGAAGCGAUCAAAGGUGGAGGUCUUGCCACACGCCAUAUUAUUGAGUGGAGAUGUCGUUUAUACAUGGCCAACAUGGCAAAAACAUUUUAUAGCAAUUUAAACGAACACAUUACAGAAUGGAAAAAUAAGCCACCAGCAACAAAUACUUCUGAUUUAUUUGUGAUUGUUAUCGCUGAUCAACGAUCUGUUUUAAUUAUUUUACAAGAAAUGACUAAUAAGGUAGUAUUAAUAGAUUCACAUCAACAUUUAAGUCAUGGUGCUGUUAUAGCACAAGUUGAAACAGAUAACUUACAAUCGUUAUGCUCGUGGUACAUUAAAAUGAACAUGGCCUGCUAUUCAGCUCAACCAGAUUGCUAUGAAUUAUCAUUUUUAUAUUAUGAAGUUUGUAACAGUAGCUAAUUUAUGGAUGUAUCGAUAAACAUAACUGACUGACUGUGUAUAUCUUACGAUCUUACGUUAUCGUUAUCGUUCGUUGAAGGUUUCAAUUCAAUUAAAUACAACACACAA